AUGGUGACCAAGAAAGAAUAUGAUGAUGAUGUUACAUUUAAAAAAGAAUCUAAAAUUAAAGUUUCGAGGAAAAUGACAGAAGUUGAAAGCAGUGAACCAGGUAGCACCAAAUCGGCUCUUGUUAUUGUUAUUUUUAUAUUUUUAAUAUCUCUGUCGUUAUUAGUUUGGAUUUACAUGAGUUUUCCAAAAUUAGAAGAGAAUGAAAAAUCAGUAGUUAAGUUGCCAUUACAUAUGGAAGAUGCUAAAAAUUUAGGAAAAGUAUUAGAUAAAUAUAAGGAUAAAUAUUACAAUCAAGUUUUGGCCUUAUUUUUUAUUACUUAUUUAUUUUUACAGACUUUUGCCAUUCCAGGAUCCAUUUCACUUUCCAUUCUUUCAGGUUUUUUGUAUCCAUUCCCUUUUGCUCUAAUGUUAGUUUGUUUUUGCUCGGCAACAGGAGCUUCAUUAUGUUAUUUACUUUCUUCGUUAUUGGGGAAAAAAUUGGUGGAAAAAUAUUGGCAGGAAAGAGUGGCAAAGUGGUCGAAAACAGUUAAUAAACACAGAGACAGUAUACUGAAUUACAUGUUAUUUUUACGAAUGACACCAUUUUUACCAAAUUGGUUUAUAAACAUAGUUGCCCCUUGCAUUGAUGUUCCAUUGUUUCCAUUUUGGUUGGGAACAUUUUUAGGAGUUGGUCCUCCAUCAUUUUUAGCAAUUCAAGCUGGACAAACGCUUCAUCAAUUAUCAGCAGAAGAAUUUUCAUGGUCAUGGAAGUCUGUAUCUCUUUUAGGUAUUUUUGCAUCUUUAUCAUUACUGCCAGUAUUUUUAAAAAAUAAAAUAAAAAGAAAGUUUGAUUAG